AGAAUAAUGUUAUCGCUUCCAUGGAAUCGCACGGGACCGGUACGAAUUCUGGAUCUGCAAGCUCUGAAUGACUUGAGAAACAAACUUCCAGUCUUUACGGAAGCGUCCUCAGAAGUUCUGCUUAACAUCUUCGUUUCUAUAAUAGUUAUUGCAUUCAUAUCUCAUCAAAUCGCUUCCCUGGUUCUCUCUUCACCACGAAGAGAACAUCAGGAACAGGGACUUCAAGCUCCGAAGAAAAGGAAGAUACGAAGUGAAAGAGGAUGUGGAGAGGACUCAGCAUUUGCAGAUCUACACGAACAUAUAUUCAAGGCCAAUGAAAUCCUUUAUCACAUUCCUUAUAUGCACGAAACGGAGAUGCUACGAGCGUCACAGUAUUUCUAUGAGCAAAUGAGAAUGCGAAGAAGUGUACGCAACUUUUGUUCGAAGGCAGUUCCAUUAAAGGUGGUACAGAACCUCAUCAAAAUCGCAGGAUGCGCACCUAGUGCUGGGAACGCUCAACCAUGGAAAUUUUGCAUAGUGGUCGAUGACAAAAAGAAAGCAGAUAUCAGGAAUCUGAUAGAAGCUGAUGAAGGAACGAAUAUUAUACAGAGGAAAGGCGAAGGUUCUGAAUGGGUCAUGGGAGUUUCUCAACUACAGCAGAAGUGGAGAAGACCAUACCUUACCGAUGCCCCCCUAGUACUAGUUGUUUGCCACGAGAUCUUCACAGAUAUCGAUGGCAAAAUGCUCCGGCUUCUUCAUUAUAAUGAACUUAGUACGGCGAUAGCGAUUGGAAUGCUGCUGUCAGCAAUACAGUAUGUUGGCCUCAGUACGGUCGUUACGUCUCCACUGAACGCCGGAGCUCGCAUUUCACGUCUUCUGCAUCGACCGGACAAUGAGACUGUAUUACUGCUGCUACCACUGGGUUACGCUGCUGCGGAUGCGCUGGUGCCAGAACUCAAAAGAAAAUCUAUACAGAGUUUUACCAGCAUCUAUUGAGUAAAACUUCCAUCUUUCGAGUCUUCCGACUAUGAACCAUCAGCCAACGUUCGAUUGAAUAACUUCAACGUCGUGGUUCGCAUGCCUGUAAAAAUUGCUCACAUAAAUAUGUUACCGUCC